AUGGACUGCCUCGACGUGCAGCGGCUGCAGCGGCGCUUUCGGAGCCUGCAGCGCGCCCUUCACCCUGACCGCUUCGGCCAGAGGCCGCCGUUCCCGAGGAACUUAGAAGAGGCUUCUGCUCACGGACUUGUUGUGGAGGAUGAUGAGAAGAAAGAACAGCACUACUCAGAGCAACACUCUUCUUUGGUUAACAAGGCCUAUCAAACCCUCCUGAAUCCUCUCAGCCGCGGCCUCUACCUACUAGAGCUGAAUGGAGUGGAACCAGCACAAGAGACAGACUGUGAUGCAGAUUCAGAGUUUCUCACGGAAAUCAUGGAAAUCAAUGAGAAAUUAGCAGAGUCUAAAAAUGAGGAUAGCCUUGAAGAAACUGAAACUUUAAUUAAAGUAAAACGAGAAGAAUUGACCAAAGAGGUGACCGCAGCUUUUGAAAGAGAUGAUCUUCAAGAAGCUAAGAAGCUUCUAGCCAAAAUGAAAUAUUUUGCAAACUUAGAGGAUAAACUAAAGAACAAGAAGAUGCCUUCCUGAUACUGCCUCCUUUAUCAUUAAGAGUUAAUGUUAUUUUCAAUUAAACAUCUGAUUUAGUAACCAAAAUCAGAAAAAUGGUGUUCGCCUCCUACAUUUUUCUUAGUUUUAAUGCUGAGAGAAGGAAGACAGAGAAGAAACUCAGCGCUUACUGUAGCACUUAUUUAAGUACAGAUGGAAGCAGGAAAUGUUUACAGCCAGAAAAUUGGUAACGAGUAAGUUAACAGUAUUGUUCUAGCAGAGUUACAGGUAUAGACAUGAUUUUCAGAGAGACACACAUAAAUACAGUAUGCAAUUAAGAUUUCUUUUGAUUACUAAAAUGUGAAGAGUUUAUUUUAAGUUGAGGAAAAGUCCUUCAUGAAAUAAUGAAGAUUAAACAGAAUGCUCAUUCAGCAGGCCCUUCAAGCUCUCUUAGUCUCAUUGUAUGUGUUCUAUCCAAUCAUCUUGGAAAAAUCUUCAAGGGUGAAAAAUACAUAUAUAUAUUUAAAUCA